AUGGAGAGGGUUUCUGUUAUUAAAUGUGCUGCGCAUACCACUGGCCAAUCCCCUGUUGACAUUGGUAACCGUGUUGCUGAUGAGACCGCAAAAGAAGCCUCUCGCAGCCAUCUUUUGAUUGUGCCUAAAAUGAUGAGCCAGACCGAAAGCUUUGAUAAGAAUAUCCUAAUCUUUGAUCCAAAAUCGACCGUUAUGAAGAUUGAACUUACCCUGCUACAUGGACUCGUCAUCGCCAGCAUUGGUGCUCAGGAAGGGACUGUUUACCCAUGUGAUCCUGAACAACCAGAGACUGUGUACCAUUUAUGCCUAAAAGAUGUAAUUGUGUGCCGAGAGACUGAUUCCUUCAAUGCAUGUUCAAGGAUGUGGUUGAAUGGGUCACCGGCAGUACAUUUUUCUCACGAUCCGCUUGCAGACAGCAUUCCUUUGCAGACCACAUCAACGUCAGGUGUGCAUGGAGGUCAACUUCCUCUCUUCAAAUUCAAACCUCGUCAUGAAACUAUCAACUGGAGGCGAAUUAGUGCCAUUGAUGUGGACAGAGUGGCUCAUGACCUGGACUUUGUCACUUUGCAGGAAAAUAUAAUGAAUAUCACCUUUUGCAACAUGGAUGCUGAAAAAUGUCCUUAUUGCCAAAACCCACUGGAUCCUACUCUAUUGAAAAUAUUCAGAUUGGCACAGCUCACCAUUGAAUAUCUUCUUCAUUCUCAAGAAUACCUUACAGCUAAUUUACAGAUGUAUGAAGAAAAAUUGCAAGCAUCAGAAUUUGGAAAAGAACAAAUUAAAAAGGAACUUUGCAAUUUAUCUGAUGAAAUGAAGUCUCAGAAACAGGAAUGCAAACGCAGGAAGCAGAUAAUUUCUUCUCAACAGAUGAUGAUUCAGUCUGGUGCUAAUAAUUAUUAUAAGUGCCCAUAUUGUGACAAAACAUUUAUGAACAGUUUCUUUUUGCAAAGUCACAUUCAGCGUCGGCACCCAAAUAAUACUGAUGUUGAAAUGCAGAAGAGGAAUCAUUCAGAUAAAAUCCAGGAUGAAAUAAAUCAACUGAAAAAGCAAUUACAACAUACUCAGUCCCAGCUAGAGGCUGAGAAGCAGUUAUAUUUUAAAACACAUUCUCAGGAACUUGAAAAAAGAACAAUGAAAGAAAAUGAAACAACAAAAAGCUUUGAAAGGUGGAAGGAGGAAGAAAAAAAGAAGCUGAACAGUGAGAUGGAGAAAAUGAAAGAAGUGCUUGCUGAAGAGUUUAAAGAAAUGACUGAAAAGAAUGCUGCAUUAGAAAGAGAACUUUUGCAAAUAAAGCAUACAAGCAUGCAGCUUAAAUCUAGUCUUGGAGCUUUGAAAAAUGAACAUGAACACAACAUUCAGGAGGAAAGCCGACGAUACCAACAGGAAGUGAAGGAUCUUAAAAAUAUUUUGGAAAAGCAGGAACAUAAGUGGACUUCAGAAAUAAAUAGUCUUUUUGAAAGACAUGACCAUGAGAAACAAAAGCUCCAGCUUGAAAUAGAGAGAUUGAUGUCAUCGAUCACAAAAAAUCACAAGGCAAAUUCUUGUUACUACAAGAAAAAGAUUAAGGAACUAAAUCGAAAACUGCGUGAUCAACAACUCAUAGCUCAUCAGAAGGAAGAGUUGAAAACAUGUUCUGUCAAAUCGCCAGAAAAGAAAUUGGAACCAUCAUAUAUGAAACAUCUACCAGAAGUAUCGACAUGCAAUGAAGACCUUAGAAAAGUUUUGAAGAAAAAUCCAAAUAUAGUGAAAGAAUUGCACAAAAUAGUGGAGCAAAGUUUGGCAGAAAAGUUAGAAAAUCUAGGGAUAAAACCUGUGAGUAUUUAA